AUGCAGCAGCUACAGCACCAGCAGCAGCAGCAGCAGCAGCAGCAGCAGCAGCAACAGGUUCAGCAGCAGCAGCAGCAGCAGCAGGGGAAGCUGCAGGGGAAGCAAAUCGCUGCUGAUGCAACAGAUGUAAAUACGCAAGGAGAUUCAUCAAGCACGAACCACAGCAGCAGCAGCAACAGCAGCAACAGCAGCAGCAACAGCAGCAGCAACAGCAGCAGCAGCAAGAUGGAGAGCGAUAUUGUUGCUGCAGUAGAUGCCUUAGAGUCUGAGCAUAUAUUAAUUUUAUCUUUGUUAAUUAACCUUCAAGAAGAAGCAGAAGCUGUAUGUCUUUUGAUGCAUGCAUCGCCUACACUGCCGCUGCAGCACCCCCCAGCUCUUCUUGCUGUUGCUGCUGUUCUCAGCAGCAACACAGCAAAGCUGCUGCUGCAGCACGGCUUUGAUGUUGAGGCUGUUGUUAAAUCGCAAAUGAUUUCUCUUACUGAACCCCCAACACAGACAUCUGCUGCUGCUGCUGCUGCAGCAGCAGCAGCAGGUUCAGCAGCAGCGCCUGCCGCCGUAGAAACUGCAACAACUGCAGCACCCACAGCAGCAGCAGCAACAUCAGGAGCAUCAGGCUCAGCAGCAGCAGCAGGCUCAGCAGCAGCAGCAGGCUCAGCAGCAGCAGCAGGCUCAGCAGCAGCAGCAGCAGCAGCAGCAGCAGCAGCAGCAGGGGAGGCUCGGUGGCGGCUGCUGCAGGAGCAGGUGGAGUUUGUGCUGUCGGAGGUGCGAGAGAUAAAAAUUGCGAAGCAGCAAAUUCAGACAGGAAAUCUGUCUAAAGACAUCGCUCAGCUGCUCUCUAAAGCUAUUGAUGCUGCAGAGGUGCUGGAGAGCCAGGGAAAGGGCUAUGGGGAGUCUCGGCGAGACAAGAAGAGAAAAAAGAAGAAGACAAAGAAAGAGUAA